AGCUACCUUUAGCAGGUUAAAAAUCUUGCCCCAUAAGAAACUAUGGCAUGCAAAACGCGUUUGGGGUAGUUCUGGGUUCUCAUUGUAAUCCUCUUAGCUUCAAUAGUUAUAACCGUGAGACCUGUGUUUCAAUGAUAGAAAAUCUCGUCAAGAUUCCCCCCCCUUCCCCCUUUUGUCGGAAAACACGGCCCCGGGGUCGGAAGUGGAGGUACUUUCAACAUUUCCUUACUCGCCCAAGAACGCACACGUCAUGGCCUAUUCAAUAUGGGCCAACAAUAUGA